AUGUUUAGAAAAGUCAAGCGGAGAACUGACGGUCGUCGUAAUUUUGACGAGAUCCAGAGUGGACAUGAACAUUACCGUCUCGUUGGAAGCAAAGGUUUCAAAGAUGACUUGUCUAUCUAUCCCCAUCGUCUUUCGUUCUACAAGAUCCCUCCGUUUGAAGAGAUCACUUUAGAGGAUUUCGAGACAUGGGCUAUCGACAGACUUAAGGUAGUUCUAGAAAUCGAGUCUUGUCUCAGCAGAGGAAAGAGCUUCAAAGACAUGGAAGCGAUCAUGAAACCGGUUCUUGCCAAAUUGUUGCCCAUGAAUCUGCCUAAUAGAGAGUCCAGCUCUUUAUAUCUUGAGCGCAAAAAGGACCAUUACUCGCAUUUCAUUUUAAGAUUAGCUUUCUGCCGUUCUGAAGAGCUUCGUUCUCGUUUCAUACGUGCAGAGGCUAUGCUUUUCCGUUUGAGAUUCAACAUGAUGUCUUUACAAGAACAGAAAGAGUUUGUUUCCUCGAUCGAUCUUCCUUGGGAGGCCGUCACCGACGAAGAAAAACAAGAGUUCCAAUCUCAGCUAAUUGCAUGCUCUUACAACGCUGUGCGUUCAAUCCUGACUCAGACGGUCGAAUUCCAAUGGAGCAAAAAGGUGACCGAUGAGCAGAUCAGAGCGUUCGUGAACGCAGAAAAGUUCUAUAAGAUUCCGUUUGAGUUUGUUCCCGAGCUUGUUUCAACUAGACAAUCGUUUCUUUACAAGGGAAAAGCGUUUGUGGCCCAAUUUCAACAACUCUCGCUAAUCGUUACGGAAUUUAGCAAACAUCUGGGAGAACAGUUGAACGUCACGAUGCGUGCUUUGCCAACUCUCGAUGAAGAUGAUCGGUUAAUUCCCGUGCUUAAUAAUCUUUCGCGUGGAUACGCCUCGAUGGACUACCAGUCCGAGUUUGGAGCAGGUGAGUCGAAUGAUGGCUCCGUCACUGCGGAAAGUGUUCCGAGCUUGAUGAAACAUAUGCCAUUGUGCAUGAACCACUUGAUGAAGGGCGUUAUGACAGAGCACCAUUUGAAAUACUCGGGUAGACAACAAUUGUCAUUGUUCCUCAAAGGAAUUGGUCUCAAUGCGGAGGAAGCAAUGCGUUUCUGGCAAAUGCAAUUCACAGCAGGACCUGGCUCAAUGUCGAUCGAGAGAUUCAACAAAGAUUACAAGUACACGUUUAGACACAACUAUGGUCUCGAGGGAGGACGCAUCAAUUACAAACCAUGGGACUGUCGUACUAUAUUGAGCAAGCCAAAGCCAAGCAAGAGCGAAUUCCACGGAUGUCCGUAUCGGGACAUGCACCGGGACCAAUUGGCCAAUGAAUUGCACAAGAUGGGCCUGGACAGUGGAUCGCGGAUGGACGACGUUUUGGACCUGAGUGACAGAGGAGAAUACCAAACAGCAUGUACAAAAGUGUUUGAGCUCACCCACAAAGAUCGUAUUGACGCCAUGCUUAAAAAUGGGGAAACAGUUGACGAGACGUCUAUUAUUCAUCCGAACCUCUACUACAGCAGAUCGGUCUAUUUAGAAGGUAAAUAA